AUGGCCUUUUCAAGAAUAUGUCUUUUAUUGCUCCUAUAUGGUACUAUAGAGAGUUACCAAGUAGAAAAUAAAGCGCCACCUUCUUCUCUUGAUAAAAAAUUGUCAAAGCUUCAACACUAUGGACUCAAACCGGGUGGCGGUUGCCCAUUCCAACUACAAAGAACACCAACUGAUUCAGAUCCUGCGAAGCGUUUAUCACCGAAGCUCUGCUCUAAAUCUCGGUAUAGAUCCCUGGAUGGAUCCUGUAAUAACCUACUGAGACCGAACUGGGGGCGAGCCAUGACGCCAUAUGUAAGAUUAACAAAGAACAAUUAUGCCGAUGGUGUACAUGAAAUGCCAGUAUCUGUAACCGGUAAACCGCUUCCCAAUGUACGAGAACUUAGUUUUCGAUUUUUUCCGAACAAAGAUAUUGUUAGUCCCGUGUAUAACCUGAACGCAGCACAAUGGGGUCAAAUUAUCACACAUGAUAUGUCACUUACGGCUGGUGUUCCCCAGAUCAGUAUCCCAGUAAAAUGUUGCAACUUCCAGGGUAAACUGACAGAGGCUGCACAAAAUUCUUCUAUCUGUACUCCAAUAUUGGUCCCUCGUAAUGAUCCGAUUUUCCACGCCGAAGGGAUAGAGUGCUUGCCUUUUGUCAGAACACAGACUACUAGAGACGAAGGAUGUAUAGCAACUAACGCUCCUGCGCAACCGUUAACAGCAGUAACAGGAUUUAUGGAUCUCUCAGUUUUGUAUGGUAAUAAUGCCAGUCAGACAGAUUCUCUUCGAACUAAAACAGGUGGUAAAAUGUUGUCAGUAGUCAGGCAAGGACAAGAAUGGCCGCCUCAAGAACCUGAUACAACGUCAGUGUGUUCGGCCAAGUCAAACGACGAACCUUGUUAUUUAGCUGGUGACAUACGAGUAAAUCAAAAUACACAGCUGACCCUACUACAAGUAAUUUUACUUCGUAACCACAAUCGCAUAGCAAAUAAACUUGCACACUUAAACCCGCAUUGGAACGAUGAGACACUCUUCGAAGAAGCAAGACGCAUCCACAUCGCUGAAAUUCAACACAUCAAUUAUUACGAAUAUUUACCUAAUAUUCUUGGUUUCGAAAAUAUGAGGCAGAGAAAGUUAAUCUAUCCUGGAGCUGUGGGAUAUGUUAAUGAUUAUAAUCCCAAAGUGAACCCUUCUAUUAUUAACGAACAUGCUACUGCUGCCUUAAGGUAUUUCCAUACUCUCUUACGUGGGUUUUUAAGGCGUAUAUCCAAAGAUCAAGAACUAGCUGGAGUUGUACGCUUGAGCGAUUGGAUGGACAAACCGUCAAUUUUGGAAAUUAAUAAUAAUUUCAACGAGUUGACCAGAGGCCUUACUAUGCAAAAAAUGAGUGAAAGUGAUGAGUACUUUACCGAUGAAUUAACGAAUUUCCUUUUCAGGGGCAACAGAACGUUCGGUAGUGACCUGCGAGCAAUUGACAUACAACGUGGUCGCGACCACGGUCUCGGUAGUUACAUUGCGACCCGUGCUGCCUGCAAAUUACCCGUUCCAAAGACAUUCCGUGAUAUGCGUGACUACAUCUCUGAAAAGGAUGUAGAGCUGUUGCAACACUUGUACGCAUCACUUCAAGAUGUCGACUUAGUGGUAGCAGGUUCCUUGGAGCGCCAUGUUCCUGGAGCCCUAGCGGGCCCUACCUUCUUCUGCAUUUUGACUAAACAGUUCUACCGAACACGGGUUGGAGACAGAUAUUUCUAUGAGAAUGGGGCGGAUCGUCAAAUCGCCUUUUCUCCAGCUCAGUUGAAGGCGAUACGCAAGGGCGCGAACAUGGCACGCUUCCUCUGUGAUAAUACUAAAGGAAUAGAUCGCAUGCAACGCAAGGCAUUUGAACUGGUGUCUUAUGAAAAUCCAAUAAUACCUUGUGAUCAAUUACCUUUUAUCGAUCUAAGUCAAUGGCGGGAAUAA